AUGAACAUACAACCAGGGCCGAGGCUGUCCCUCGAUCUAUCCAAGUAUGAGAAGCUCGAUGCAGAACAGGCAGGGCACUUGCGACAUUAUCAUAACCUAGCUAGCCAGAUGGACGGCGAGUGGCGUCAUAUGGGAACUCAGGAGCCGAUGCAGGAGUUUCUAGAUGCUUACCGCUACCAGCUCGCCAUCAUGACUUAUGGUGUCGGAGUCGCUCAUUACCACCGCACACCUGCACUACGAAGUACACACAAGCCCCUCAUGCGCCGUCUAAUACACAAGAUGAUGCGGCGCGAAGUCUGGUCGUACUGGUUCUCAACCAGCCUCUCGGGAAACCGGACAGAUCCUGGUCGGACGCAGUUGCGAACGCCUUGGGCCGAUCCUCUGGUGAAGGAAAACGUCAUGUAUAGCGGGCAUCUCUUGAUGAUGACCAGUCUAUACGGCAUGCUCUUUGACGACGAUGAGUUUGAGAAGCGGGGGUCCCUGUCGUUUGUCUGGGAUCCUCUGUUUUUUGGACUUGGACCGGAGACGUUUCGCUAUGAUAACCGGAGCUUGCAAAAUGCCAUCCUUUGUGAGAUGGAGAAGAAUGGCUGGAUUGGGGUCUGCUGCGAGCCGAAUUUGGUGUUUGUUGUUUGCAAUCAGUUUCCUAUCAUCGCGAUGAGAUACAAUGACGCUAGGGAUGGCACGGAUGUCUCUGGAAGAGUUUUGGAAAAGUACAGGGCGGCUUGGGAUGAAAAGGGCAUGGUUGACCCAAGCGGUUUAUAUGUCGACUGGUAUUUUCUUCGGCAAGACAGGACGCUGGCACCGAGCAAUAUUGGUUGGACUGCAUGGGCAAACGCCUAUAUGAAUACUUGGAACUCGGACAAGGUCAAGUCGUUGUAUGACUCGCAGUCAUACGGCUUCAUCACCAAGAUUGACGGAGAGGUGCAGCUUCACGAAGAGAAAAUCGCUCUCGAGUACCGGAAACUCGUCGAUACAGAAGACGCAGACAAAAAUGACGCUGCGGUCCUUGCCCGGGCUCGAGGCAAUGCCGCCGCCCUACCGCCGUCGUUUCCCUUUUCUCAGCCGACCUUUGGCUACGUUGUCCAGUGGCUAUCAGAAUUAGGCAAGAAGGAGGAGCUGGACGGGCUGCUCAAGUACGCCGAUAAGCAUCUACAGCCUACAUGGGAAAACGGCGGUCUCUUCUAUCCCAGAAACGACGACCGAACAAACAAGGCCGGCGAGUGGACACACAUGGAUCCCUUCUCCGGCAACGCGGCGAUUGGAUAUGCGCGUCUCAACGUGGCCGACGGGCAGAAGCGGAUUUGGGACAAUCCCCGCAAACGAGGCCAUGUGGCGACGCACACGUGGAUCGACGGCAUCGAGCUCGGCCAGGGCAUUGACUGUCUGCGAGGCGUCUGGGACAGCGAGGAGAGCGCCCUGGUGCUGACGAUGAAGACGUGGGAUGGGCGGAGUGUCACUGCAACGCCGGUGGCGACGAAUUUACCGGCGGGCGAGUGGGCGGCGUUUGUGGAUGGGGAGCUGGUGCAGGAGGGAACGCUGGAAAGGGGCUGCGAUUUGAGGGCGGCGGUGAGGGUUGGUGGUGAGGAGGUGGAUGUUGUGUUUAAGUGGAUUGCGGGCUUGAGUUGA